ACUGAGAGUGUUCUUCCUGCCUGCUGACCCAGGCAGAGGAGAAAUCUGAAGAGACCUGAGUGUGCAGCUUGGAACCAAAUCUUGCGAUCUGAAAGCCCACCCUGUGCUUGUCCUUCCCCCCACCCCACCUCCAGUAAACAUCAAAGCACAAGGCUGCUCCCAGGACUCCAGGACCAGGAGAGGGAAGACUGAGGAGCACAGAACAUGAAUGUCCCCAAGGCCCUCCCAGCCUGGACUAAGAAGUCCAGUGGAGCAGACAGAGCCGAUGCCUCAGACAAGCUCAAAGGAACAGAGAUGGCCAGUAGUAUCCAGCAGCAGCUGGCCCAAAACUUGGAGUUACUGAGGAAGGACCAGCUGAAGGAGUUCCAGCAGUUGCUGCCUGAGCAGGAUCUCUGCAAGCAGUCCCCUGGUGUGACCACAGCUCAACCAGAGAAGGUGGACAGCAUGGAGGUGGCUUCACACCUGGUGGCUCAAUAUGGGGAGCAGCAGGCCUGGGACCUGGCCCUGCAGACCUGGAAGCUGAUGGGCCUGAGCGAGCUGUGUGCCCGAGUCCAGAAAGAGGCAGCCUUGGAGUCAGGAAUCACAGAAGAAUACUAUAAGGAAAGUAGAAAGAUGCCAUGCCACACACGGUCAUGGAGAAAUGAGGAUUUCCAACAGAAAUUCACACAGCUGCUACUUCUACGCAGAUCGAAACCCAGAGGCUAUCAUUUUCCACUCUGGAAAAGAAAACAGGAGAGUACAGAUUAUCAAAAACAUUUUAUUGAGAUUGGAGACUUAUUUGGCCCAAGCCCAGGUACCCAGGAAGAGCCUCUCACAGUCGUACUGCAUGGGGUUGCAGGAAUCGGGAAGUCAACCCUGGCCAGGCAGGUGAGGAGAGCCUGGGAGGAAGGCAGGCUGUACAGGGACCGCUUCCAGCAUGUCUUCUACUUCAACUGCAGAGACUUGGCCCAGUCCAGGACAAUGAGUCUUGGUGAGCUCAUCUCAAAAGACUGGGCUGGCCCUGCAGCUCCCAUUGAACAGAUCCUGUCUCAGCACAAGAAGUUGCUUUUCAUUCUUGAUAACUUGGAUGAACCAAAAUGGGCCUUGAAACAGCACAGUUCUGAGCUCAGUCUGCACUGGAGCCAGCAGCAGGAGGUGCACACACUGCUGGGCAGUUUGCUGAAGAAAACCUUACUUCCUGGGGCUUCCCUGCUCAUCACAGCUCGGAUCACAGCUCUGGGGAAGCUCAUUCCUUCUUUACAGCAGCCACACUGGGUGGAGGUCCUGGGAUUCUCUGAGUCAGCCAGGAGGGACUAUUUCUACACAUACUUCACUGAUGAAAGCCAAGCAGUCAGAGCCUUCAGCUCAGUCGAAUCAAACCCGGCACUCUUGACCAUGUGUGUCAUGCCCUUGGUGUCCUGGCUGGUCUGCACUUGCCUGAAGCAGCAGAUGGAUCAAGGGCAAGAACUCUCACUGACCUGCCAGACAACCACCAUCCUCUGUCUGCACUACUUUUUCCACAUUCUCCAAGCUCAGUCCCUUGGGAUUAAGCUGAGUGGAUUCUACUCUCUGGCUGCUAAGGGCACCAGGCAAGGAAAGACCCUGUUCAGCCAUGAGGACCUCAGAGAACAUGGGUUGGAUGAGGACAUCAUCUUUACUCUCUUAAAGAGGGGUGUUCUUCAAGAACACCCCACAUCUAUGAACUACAGUUUCAUUCACCUGUGUUUUCAGGAGUUCUUUGCAGCAAUGUACUGUGUUUUGGGGGAUAAGAAGUUAAUUAGCAUCAGAAGUAUGAAAGACUUGAUAAGAGAAUAUGGGAUGGUUGGUGUGUUUGGGGAACCAACUACAUGUUUUCUAUUUGGCCUUUUGAGUGAGCAGGGGAUGAGAGAGAUGGAGAGCAUCUUCAAAUGCCAGCUGUCUCCGGAGAAGCAUCACAAACUGCUACAAUUGGCCAAGAAGGAGAUCGACCUCACACAGCAGAACCUAGAGCCAUAUUGUUGGCACUCGCUCCACUCUUUUUAUGAGUUUCAGGAUGAAAGUUUUCUGACAGCAAUAUCUGAUUUCUGUGGAAUGAGGAUAUGUGUCCAAACUGACAUGGAGCUCCUGGUGUUCUCUUUCUGCAUUAAAUUCAGCCAGCUGGUGAAGAGGCUUCAACUGAAUGAGGGUGAAUCUCAAAGGCAAACACAACGGCCUUCAGGUGUCAUUCUGUCCAGCUGGGGCCCAUUUACAGAUGCCUGGUGGCAGAUUUUCUUCUCCAUUCUUAAAGUUCCUGGGAGCCUGAAGGACCUGGACCUGAGAGGAAACUUCCUGAGCUACUCUGCAGUACAGAGUCUCUGUGAGGCCUUGAAAUGUCCACAUUGCCACCUGGAGACCCUGAGGUUGGCUGAAUGUGGUCUCACAGCAGUGGGCUGCCAGGAACUGGCUGGUGGGCUAAGCACCAACAGAAGCCUGACUGAGCUGGACCUGAGCUUCAAUGAGAUCCUGGACAUUGGAGCCAGGCACCUUUUCCAGAGCCUGAGAGUAUCCACCAGCAAACUGCAACACCUGCUGCUGAUCAGAUGUGGCCUCACAUUUGCCUGCUGCCAGGACCUGGCCUUCAUGCUCACUGACAGCCCAAGCCUGACAGAGCUGGACCUGAGGCAGAACAACCUAGGUGAUCUGGGCAUAAGGCUGCUCUGUAAAGGGCUUGGACAGCCCACCUGCCAACUUAGGCUCCUACGGCUGGCUGACUGUGGCCUCACAGCAAAGAACUGCCAGGAACUGGCCUGUGAGCUCAGCACCAACAGGAACCUGACCAACCUGGACCUGAGCUUCAACAAGCUUCUGGACAUCGGAGCCCAGUACCUUUUCAAAAGACUGAGAGUGUCCACCUGCAAGCUGCAGCGAUUGCUGCUGAUCAGAUGUGGCCUCACAUCUGCCUGCUGCCAGGACCUGGCCUCCAUGCUCACUGACAGCCCCAGCCUGACAGACCUGGACCUGAGGCAGAACAACCUGGGUGACCUGGGCAUGAGGCUGCUCUGUAAAGGGCUCGGGCAGCCCACCUGCCAACUCAGGCUCCUAUGGCUGGAUGACUGCUGCCUCACUGCAGAAGUGUGCCAGGACAUGGACUCUGGGUUGAGUACCAAUAGGAACCUGACCAAGCUGGACUUGAGUUUCAACAAGCUCCUAGACACUGGAGCCCAGCACCUUUUCCAGAAGCUAAGAGUGUCCACCUGCAAGCUGCAGCAACUGCUGCUGAUCAGAUGUGGCCUCACAUCUGCCUGCUGCCAGGACCUGGCCUUCAUGCUCACUGACAGCCCCAGCCUGACAGAGCUGGACCUGAGGCAGAACAACCUGGGUGACCUUGGCAUGAGGCUGCUCUGUAAAGGGCUUGGACAGCCCACCUGCCAACUCAGGCUCCUACGGUUGGCUGAAUGUGGUCUCACAGCAGUGGGCUGCCAGGAACUGGCUGGUGGGCUAAGCACCAACAGAAGCCUGACUGAGCUGGACCUGAGCUUCAAUGAGAUCCUGGACAUUGGAGCCCGGCACCUUUUCCAGAGCCUGAGAGUAUCCGCCAGCAAACUGCAACACCUGCUGCUGAUCAGAUGUGGCCUCACAUCUGCCUGCUGCCAGGACCUGGCCUCCAUGCUCACUGACAGCCCCAGCCUGACAGAGCUGGACCUGAGGCAGAACAACCUGGGUGACCUGGGCAUAAGGCUGCUCUGUAAAGGGCUCAGGCAGCCCACCUGUCAACUCAGGCUCCUACGCAUGGAUGAGACCCAGCUGAGUGACAAGGUGAAAAAGAUGCUGAGGGACCUGAAGCAGGAUAAGCCUCAGCUUGAAGUUAAUCUACAGAUAGGGGCCACAAGUGGGAUACAGAGAGGCUGGAGGCAGAGACAGACUAAAGCAGCAAGAAGUCAAAAACCCGUAGAAGUUCUGGACCUGGAUCAGCCCAAGAGUGUUCUGUGUCGUUCCCAGGGCACUGAUGCAGCUUCUUCUGAGAUCUCAGGGAGUAUGAAUGCCUCUCUGUCCAGCAAGAAAACACUGAGUUUGUCUAAAGAGGCCCCAGGUAAAGGACAGAUGGAUGAUGACACAUCCCCACUCAAAUGGCGCAGAUCAGAUUCGGGUAUUUUGAAGGGAACAGGGCUUGAAGGUGACUUCUGGGGCCCCACAAGGCCUGUGGCUCCAGAGGUGCUUGACAACGAGAGGAAUCUCUACAGAGUUCACCUCCCCAUGGCUGGCUCCUACCGUUGGCCCUACACAGGACUCCACUUUGUAGUGAGGAGGCCAGUGACCAUUGAGAUUGAAUUCUGCUCCUGGAAAGAGUUCAUGAACCGGAUCAUUCCACAGCACAGCUGGAUGGUGGCAGGGCCUCUGCUUGACAUCAAGGCUGAACCAGGAGCUGUGGCAGCUGUGUCCCUCCCUCACUUUGUAGAUGUCCAAGGGAAAAAUGUGGACAAAUCCUGGUUCCAAGUGGCCCACAUGAAAGAGGAGGGGAUAGUCCUGGAGGAGCCAGCCAGGGUGGAGCCACACUACGUAGUCCUGGAGAACCCCAGCUUCUCCCCCAUCGGAGUUCUACUGAGAAUUAUCCGUGCUGUCCUGCCCAUUCCCAUCACCUCCAACGUGCUGCUCUACUAUCACCUCCAGCAUGAGGAUGUCACCUUCCACCUCUACCUGAUUCCCAAUGACUGCUCCAUUCACAAGGCCAUAGAUGAUGAAGAAAAAAUAUUCCAGUUUGUGCCACUACACAAGCCACCUCCACUGAGCUCACUCUACAUGGGCUCCCGAUACACUGUGUCUGGUUCAGAGGAGAUGGAAAUAAUCCCUCAGGAACUGGAGCUUUGCUAUCGGAACCCUGGGGAAGCCCAGCUCUUCUCUGAGUUACACGUUGGCCAUUUGAGGUCAAAAAUCAAGCUGUACCUAAAACAGAAGGAAGAAGGAACUCUGGUGUGGGAGGCAUUGGUGAAAUCAGGAGACAUCAGACCUGAAGCUACUCUGGUCCCUCCACACCACACAGCCUCAACUUCACCCCCAGAGGCCCCAGCUCAGCUGCACUUUGUGGAUCGGCAUCGGGAGCAGCUGGUGGCUCGAGUGACUUCAGUGGAUGAAGUUCUGGACAAGCUACAUGGACAGGUGCUAAGCGAUGAGCAGUAUGAAAGGGUGCGGGCUGAGCCCACUAAUCCAGACAAGAUGAGGAUGCUGUUCAGCUUCAGCAACUCCUGGGACAGGGCCUGCAAAGAUCAACUCCUCCAAGCUCUAAAGGAGACCCAUCCUCACCUAAUUAAGGAACUCCAAGAGAGGUAGGGCCAAGAAGAAGAGUAGGGGGCUCCUCACCUUAUUGUGAACCCUGAAUCUCCUGACUGCUCUUUAGGUGUCCAUUUCUUCACCUCUAAACAAUUGCCAUCUGACCUGCCUUCUAAUAUGAACUUAUCAAACUUCGGUGAUGCCUUUGCUGGGCAGUACAUAUCCAUGCCCAAGAAAGCUUCAUCAGCACCCAGGCAGCCUCCCUUGGUUUUCACAGGCCAGUGGUCCAGGUGGGAUGGCAGCAUCUCAGGGAAUAUGGUGAGAAUGGACCAAUCACAGACAGGGGUGGGAGCUUCACUCUUUGUAAGUCAGCUCCUCUUGGCUCAGAGGAGACAACUUCCCUUUCCAAGAAGACUGUGUUUUCCUGGCUGGAGCUGAAGCAGCAAACACAUCUUGCCAGCCCAGAGCACACAACACAGCAAGUGGACCAAACUGGAGGGGUGCAGAGGAGAGCUGUCCAGCUCCAUUCAUCCACCUCACUGGAGGCUGCCUUGCAGCCACAUUGCUCCACAGCUGUGCUGACUCCAUACUGAGCUGUAACACUGCUGAGCUCUCUCACAGUCUUGUCAUUCUGCAUCUGUGCAGUUUCACUGCUGAGCUAUUUGCACUCAGCUAAGACUCCUUCUUCACCACACCCCAAAUUGGGGGUGUCUAUUGCUGUUCAAUUGGCCAGUGACCACAGCUGACACCUAACACAGGGCAAUGACCUGAUCUCCUGACACCAUCCUAGAACCAAUGCAUCUGGCCCUGACCAGCGUGGCCCAGUUGGUUGCAGUGUCAUCCUGCAAAGUGAAAGGUCACCGGUUUGAUUUCUAGUAGGACACAUAGCUGGGCUGUGGGUUGGUCCCUGCUUGGGACAUAUGCCAAAGGCAAUCUAUGGAUAUUUCUUUCUCUUUCUUUCCCCUUCCCUUCCCCUCCCUCCAAUAAUGAAUAAAUAAAGUGUUUUUUUAAUGCAUCA